ACAGAGAAUAAACCAAAAGGCAACACCCGACGAGAGCAAAACCUGCCGUGUGCAUCACCGUGGCAGUUCACCGGAAAAUCACGGUAACCAGCAGAAUAUACGAUUUUAAUGUUGGCAUGCAGCAGCUCAUAACACGCCAUGAUCGCCUAUGAGGGAGACGACACUGUGCAAUUUGGUAAAAGAUGAGCAAUGCUAGUAAACGAGAGAGGGAGCAGAAGAGGAAACUGCAGCACUUUCUGAGUGAUCUGGCUUUACUUGGAUCACUGCAGGGUUUUAAAUACUUCCAGCCGUGGCUAAGGGGGAAAGAGGAGCUGCUGCUGACAGUCGUCAAUGAGGAUCUGGGUUGGCGUUCCCCAGGCUUCGUGGUGUCCCGAGCCUCCUCCCACUCCUCCACCAGCAGCUGCAACAGCAGCGAUGUCUCCCCCAGCAGCAGCUCUCCCAGUCUGGCCAGCCAGAGCAGCUCCCCCCUGCCUGGGGAGCCUCAGGGCCCACAAGACUCCCAGUCGCACACACAUACCAAGACACAGCCACGGAUUGCCAGGGAGCCCAGCAGUGAGGAACAUCUGCUCCCAGCAUCUCCUAGUGAAAGAGAGAUAGCAGUACCUGAGGUGAACUGCACUUUGUUUUUAUUGGCCGGAUACGUCAAGUACGGACGCCCGUACGCCUGGAUACGCUCCAAUCAUGAGCGCCUGGUCAACAUCGGCGGCACCGAUUCGAUGGUCAAGGACACGCCCAUGAAACUCAAGUCCAUCGCAGACUGGCAGACACGAGGUAUUCGUGUGUGGGAUAUUGUUAGUGAGCUGGUGUGUCUGUGCACUGUUCCCUCUCCCACCAACCCCUUCGCCUUGGACAUGCGUUACAUCAAAAGUCUUCCCCUUCCUGACCGCUUCCUCGUCACAGGAGCACUUCUCAACUUCCUGGAGAUGUAUGUGAUUUACGGCAACCGGGAUGAGUUGCACUAUGACAAAGUGGCAGAAGAGGUGAAGCCUCUGAGGCGUCUCCAUGUUCAGUCCCUGCUGGAGUUACAGCAACUCAGAGAGCGCUCCGGAUCCACAGUGCAGGACUCUUCCGGAGAGGAGUGACCGCAAUUGUUGGUAUACGAUCCACAUCAGGAUGGGGGGAAAUUUUACUGCCGUCUCACCAGGUUCAAAUGUGUGAAAUCUCACCUGGAGGACUUCCUCCAGAAGGAUGCGGUUUUAAAUUUGAUUUGUGUAGCUACGUGUUUUAUGGUUUGUUGCAGGAAAACCUGACUCGUGUUAAUGUAAUGUGUAAACUCUGGGGAUUACUGCGUACGCACUGUGCAAAUUUAUUCGUUUCAAAGCUGCAGUAUCCAGACAGAGCUCAUUCUGCAUCUGGAAGGUAGUCACGUGUAUCUGACUUUUUGAAAUGUUAAAACACUGGAGAAAUGACCCUGGGAAAUGAGUCACAUGACAGAUUAAAAAUCCCAGGACCUCACUGAAUAUCUUGCCCUGCCACCUCUAGACCCUUCAAUCGCUCCCUCUCCCACACACACAGUCAAAGACAAGAAUUUUGUUUUCUCCUGGCCAAAUAUAACAUUUUUAAACUUGAGCAUGGAAGCAGAGUCAUCAAUCAGGGUCAAAGCUGCACAAGCUAAAUCUGGUUGAAUAUUUGUCUUAACAGCAGUAUGAGAACAACAUGCAUAGACACAAACAAAUAAAUGCUGUAUAAAAAGUUUUAAUAUUUCAUAAAAUACAUAUUUAAAUAUGUACAAUGAUAUAAAACAGUACAUUGAUAAAAUACAUCUUAAAGCAGGCAUUAACCCCUUUUCUGAGAUGAGGGUUGUGCCAUUUGUAAUUGAAAAGAUACAUUGAGCACAAAAAUUUAAAAUUAACUGAAAAAAAAAAACAAAACCUAGUGGCACAUCAGUCACAAAACACUGACACCUUUCCUGUUAAAAAAAGGUGACAUUUCUAGCUUACUUUUGGUCAGAAAACACAAAAUGAGAAGUUAACGGUAGCUUCAGGGCGUACCACUAAUCCUCAAGUCUCUCAUUUGUAAACCUUAAGAUAGAAAUCACCAUCAUGAGAGCGUGUUAUGCAAUGCAGCACUUAUCAAUGCCUAUAACCGUCACUUUAAAUGGACUUAAGUAGCCAGGGCACCUUUUAUGGCUUUGGUGAUGUGAAAAAAGCGGAGGGCUCAAGAAUUAGAAGCACACUGUAGCAAUUAACGACUAGGCUGCUCAACAUGCAAAGUCAUGGAUGGACAUGAAGAGGAAUUUGGGGCUUUUAAGAAGAUUCCCAAUCUCAAAUUUCCCUCCCAAUUGGAAUGCAGGUGCAUGUCUACGCAUUCCUCACAGAGGCUCCACAUGGGAACACAGUGUUCCCAGUGUUCGGACACACACAAACAAAAACCCGCAAGUCAUGGCAGAGUGUGUUUUUCCACAUAAAUGCAAAGAACCUCGCUGAUGAUGGUUGGGAUCAGCUUUUUUUUUCCUUGUUUUUUGCAGGAGGUUGCUGUGUAAGUGGAGGGUUUUUUGACCCUGCAAGUUCUGCUGGGGUCUCUUUUUUAUUUUAUGAUGCAGUUGCUGGGCCUUUCACACAUUUCAUGGAAACUGAGGACCUCUUAAAAAAAAAAAGUUUGUGAUUUCUUGAAUGGAACUGUGAGAUUAUUUAAUAUAGGACUGAUUUAAACAUGCUCAAAAUUUACUGACUGCAUUUAUGCGCAUUACAGACUAAGAAUUUUAACUUUACUUUUGUAUUAUGUGCCUGAAUUUUCCACCUAUUUUAAAUUUGUACAUCUAAUACCAAGUUAGAGAACACAAGCUUGCUAGUGCCACAGGGUAAAGACUAAAAAAAUAAAAUAAAAUCAUGACCUGCCACAAAUGUCAGUUAAAUAAAAAUCAAACUUGAAAAA